CUAUCCUCUGCUUUCUGCCGUCUGUUACUUUAGUGUACAUUUUAUGUAUUUGUCUGUUUUAUCUCAAUUCAAUAAAUUCUGUCAGUCUGUCCUGUAUCCCCUUCAGUUCAGUCUUAAAAAGUUACUCAUUGCGAGUGACGCAGGGUGUCUGCAUUGUAUAAAACGUCGCUUAGAAUGAACUUAUUUAUGUUUAAAAUCCUACAGAAUUAACUUAAUACUCAAUAGUUGGACUUAUUAGUUUUAACAUGUGAUUACAAAUGUAUAUUAUUAAUUUUAUUAGCGCACAAAAUGGACGUGAAAGUUUUUAAUCGUGGGUGUGAUGUGAUGUGAUUACGCUGGUGCAGUUCCACGGGAUUCAUUGCAGUCUAUUUCUUUUUUUUAAUCGAGCGAUCGCUGACGUCCGUGUACUUGUCAUUGCCGCAUUGAUCAUUACAAAAAAAUAAAGACCGGCUAAGCUGGACAUCACAAAAUGAUCCGUAAACAAAAAUAAAACAAACAAAAACCUACUACAAAGUCCUUAGAAUGACUGGAAUCUCCUUCGAACCUCACGUAUGUGAUAGAAACUACGUAAAUAUACCUAUUUUAAUACGAAAAAUAUCUUUUGAAGAAUCGCGUUCCUGUAGAAUUAGUGUCAAUUAGCAGAAACCAAAGUAGUCAGGAGUUUAGGCCUUUCGUGGGGCGUUGAAAUUAUUUUUUCUAACCAAAGUUAGCUUAAGAUGUCGAAUAUGCCAAUAUAUAGUCAGGUGCUGCCUAAAAAUCAGUAUAAAUCAAAGAAUUCCAAAGGCGGCACCACGAGGGAAACUCGGGCCCAGAAUGCCAGGGAUUUCGACCCUCUCAAUUUUAAUCAUGGGGGGAAUAUUCAAGUCCUAAAUGCGCCGUUAGAAAGUAGAGUUGAGAAAAUUGAGAAGAGGGAAUCGAGAAGGAAGGACGAGACUCGGGCGAGGCGCACUCAGAACAGGAAUGACGCAAACGAAGGGAAAGUUGAGGCGUAUUUGCGGCAGAACCAAGUCAGCAUACGACAGCAGCAACAUCGGCACUCCGCUGUCAGACAGGCGGAGCACCGAGUCAAUUUGAGAUCUCUGCCGCUAAAUGAAAUGUCCGUUCGCGGUCACGAUCGGACGCCAACUGACAGACAUCGAGGGUUUCCUGGUGACAGAGAAGCGGCCCGAGAGUAUAGACGCGAGCGAGAGAGAGAUAGAGAAAGAGAGAGGGAUUUCGAUUUUGAGGGGUCCCCAUUGAGUCCAAUAGCAAAGUUAGGGGAUAAAGAGCGACCAGUACGUAAGUCGACGUCCGCCCAACGCGUGUCCGAGAUGAUAUCGGCUGAUAAGCGUCGGUUCUUCUGCAGGGAGUGGGUGUUCCAGAAAAUAGCUCAUUGUUUGGAACAGAGGGCUGUUAGUAAAACGGCGGGAGCCUUGAUUUUAGGCGACGCCGGUAGCGGUAAAACAGCGCUUUGCCAGGAGCUGAGUCAGCCCGGGGCCGGCCCGCAGGCGCGCCAGCAACGCGCGCUCAACAGGCGACUUCUCGCUAGACAUUUUCUACAGGGUCCAGGAGAAACCAGUCAGCGCCCGGGCGAGUUCGUCCGUUCAUUAGCCAUGCAGAUAUUGAGCCACUCUUCCCACGCCAGACCCAACGAAAGAGACCAAUCACCGAAAGACGACAGUACGCCUAACAGCAAUAGAAGAAAUUCUACGGAAGAAAAUUUAAUAAUGCGCUUCAAAGAUCUGGGUGACGACGGGGAAGAGAGCUCGAAACCUCUCCUGGCUGAUAGCGAAGACACACGCACGGACGAAGAGGAGUGUCGCGCCGGAGCUGACGCGCCGCUCAGCAGCGCUCAGAUACAUUUGCCAGAAAUAAUGCCCCGGGCCAGCGUGAAGCCGACGAACCCGUUCGUAAACGACGAACAAUCAGAAAACCGCCUCUACGAGAAUCAUGAAAACUUAUUUCUUCGUAACAUUUCUCAGCGGCAGUCGAAAGAGUUGCGCAAUUCCAGACUUCUCCGACAAAGCUCGGAACCGCUAACCGAGAAAAAGACAACCGUUCUACAGAAGAGCCUCUCAACGGAACAGAGAGACGACGAGAAGUCCAAAGAAUCCAAAGAGAUUAACAAUAGUCCGCCGAAAUCUAGAAUUCCGGUAGCGAAUUUCCGUUAUCCGAACAAAAGUGAUCUGAGGCCAAAUUCAGCGGAAAAUUCGCCGAAGAAAACCGAAGCCAGAGCUCCCUCGCCGAAGGACGACGAUUUGCCGGAGUACCAGAACGUAAUCCACCAGCCGGAAGAUGAUAUACAAACAGAUUUGGAAAAACUAUUAGAGAAGAAACGCUCUGCUUCCGAAGACGUUCCUCCACCGAUACCAAGCCUCCCGGUCAACCCUAGAACGUUGAUAGCCAAUGCGUAUUAUGAGAAGCUUCUAUCUGAAACGGAGAUACAACAGGCGUUGCUUCCUCAGAAUCUAGAUAAAAAUCCAGACGAAUGCUUCAAGAAGGCUAUACUGUUUCCGCUGUUGGAAAUAGAUCCCCCCAAGCAAUGUCUGUUUUUGUUGGUCGAUGCGAUUGAUGAAGGGUCUACGACUGGUUCGGGCUGUGCUCCGGGCUCAUGCGAGGUCGAAGGCUCGGAGGGCGGCGUGGGGGCGCUGCUGGCGAGACAUCAGCACCUCCUGCCGCACUGGCUGCUGCUGGUGGCGAGCGCAAGGCGACACUCGCGACCGCUCACUAAGUUGUUCACCGGGUUCCGCAAGAUAAUUCUGGAUGAACUCCAACGAGCACACGUCUCGGCCGACGUGCAGCGCUACGUUCUCGCCCGCUUGGAUACGGAACCGAGAUUACGAGCGCGGGUGUCCAGCGACUCGGCAGCGGCUGCAGCGGCUGCGGCUGCGCUGGACCAUUUGCGGAUCAAAAGCGAUGGCUGUUUGCUUUAUCUGGAGAAGGUGCUAGAUGGUGUGGCUGAUGGUUUUAUAGCGUUGCGUGAAAUCCGCGAGAUCCCCGGCACCCUCAACGGCCUCUACCUGUGGCUGGCGCAGCGUCUGUUCCACGGGAGACGAUUCAACAAGGUUCGCCUGUUGCUGGACGUGUUGCUGGCCGCCCGCUGCGGGGUGACUGAGGACAUGCUGUACAAGUGCCUGCUCAGCAAGGAGUACAGCGUGACGCGCGAGGACUUCAAUCGACGUCUACACCUUCUUAGACGGAUCCUGGUGAUGGAGCGCUCCACUGGGUACAUGAGCCUGUUCCACCACUCGUUCGCCACGUGGCUGGUGGACGUGAAGCACUGCACGCGCCGCUACCUGUGCGCGCCCGCGGACGGACACGGGGCGCUCGCCAUGUACUACACGCUGGACGCCAAGCGGCUGAGCGCUCUGGAGAUCCACAACUACGUAUACCACAUGACACACAUCGAGCAGCAUUUAGCGUCGCAAAAAAAGAACAAAGCUGGUGAUGAAGAUGAACCUCUAGAUCUGCACACGCUCAUCCUGUUAUGGGUCCUGGAUUCCGGGUGUGACGUCGAAGCAGCUCUGAAACGUGAAAUUGAAGUGAAACAUGCUGAUGUUGAAAAUACAAUGAAUGAAGAUGCUAAAUUGGAAGAUAAGGACGUGGACCCAGAGUCUGAAGGCAGGGAGUCGACGUCAUGCAGAUCGCUUGAACCUUCUACCCUCGAGAACAUCAUGCCAGAACUAGUGAACGGCUCAAGCUCCAGGUGGCCGAGAGACAGACGGGUAUUGAGGGCACUGCUCGAGCUCAGCCGGACGGACUCAGCUCCCACUGAGCCGGAGGAAGACGUCAACGAUUUGCUGUCAACAGAUCAAGCUAUCGAAAGCGAGGACAACAAUGACGGGACUGGGGACGAACACGAAGACGCUCUGCUGUUAGACCCGAGCACGGUCCACGAGCUGGCGAGCAAGGGGGACGAGGAGGCCUUGAUCGCUUUGCUGAAGCGCCGGCCGGAGCUGAGCCGCGCGCCGGACGCGGCGGGCAGCACGGCGCUGCACGCCGCCGCCCGCAGCGGCCGCGCCGCCUGCGCCGCCGCCCUGCUGCGCGCCGGCGCCUCGCCCGCCGCCGCCGACUGCGACGGCUGGAGCCCGCUGCGAGCCGCCGCCUGGGCGGGCCACACCGAGGUCGUGGACGUUCUACUGGAACACGGAUGUGACGUCGACUGUGUGGACGCGGACAACCGAACUGCUUUACGGGCCGCGGCGUGGUCCGGUCACGAAGCGGUGGUGGCGCGCCUGCUGGCGGGCGGGGCUCAGCCGGAGCGGGCCGACGCGGAGGGCCGCACGCCGCUGAUGGCAGCCGCCUACAUGGGCCACGCCGACAUCGUUCGGCUGCUGCUGGACGCCGGGGCCGGACCUGACCACGCCGAUCAUGACGGUCGCACGGCGCUGGCGGUGGCGGCGCUGUGCGGCGCGGGCGGCGCGUGCGCGGCGCUGCUGCUGGAGCGCGGCGCCGACCCCGCGCGCGCCGACCGCGACCGCGCCACGCCGCUGCUCGUCGCCGCCUUCGAGGGGCACACCGAGAUCUGCGAGCUGCUGCUGGAGGCGGAGGCGGACCUGGAGGCCGGCGACGGCGCGGGGCGCACGGCGCUGUGGGCGGCGGCGUCGGCCGGCCACGCCGACACCGUGCGCCUGCUGCUGUUCUGGGGCGCCUGCGUGGACUCCAUGGACGCCGAGGGCCGCACCGUGCUCAGCACGGCCGCCGCGCAGGGCAACGUAGAGGUCGUGCGACAGUUACUCGACCGUGGUCUGGAUGAACACCAUCGUGAUAACUCGGGCUGGACUCCGCUACAUUAUGCAGCUUUUGAAGGACACGUGGAAGUCUGCGAAGCCUUACUGGAAGCUGGGGCGAAGGUAGAUGAAGCAGAUAACGACGGCAAGGGUCCUCUCAUGCUAGCCGCGCAGGAGGGCCAUACACGACUUGUCGAAAUCCUCAUAGACCAAUGGGGAGCCCCCGUAGACCAAAGAGCUCAUGAUGGAAAGACAGCUUUAAGGCUGGCGGCGCUGGAGGGGCACUUCUCUAGCGUGUCGGCGCUGCAGGCGCGCGGCGCGGACGUGGACGCGCUGGACGCCGACCGGCGCUCCACGCUGUACGUGCUGGCGCUCGACAACCGCCUCGCCAUGGCGCGCCAGCUGCUCGCGUGCGGCGCCAGCGUGCACAGCGGCGACACCGAGGGCCGAACUCCACUGCACGUAUCCGCGUGGCAAGGUCACACGGAGAUGGUCAACAUGCUCAUCAAAGUCGGCGGCGCGGCGGUGGACGGGCGCGACCGCUGCGCGCGCACGGCGCUGCACGCGGCGGCGUGGCGCGGGCGCGCCGGCGUGCUGCGCGCGCUGCUGCAGCGCGGGGCCUCGCCCGCCGCCGUCUGCACGCAGGGCGCCACGCCGCUCGGCAUAGCCGCGCAGGAGGGACACGAGGAGUGCGUGCUGUGGCUGUUGCAGCACGGGGCUGACCCUCUGCAGGCGGAUCAUUGCGGUCGGACCCCAGCGAAAGUAGCGUGGCGGGCCGGACACGCGAACAUCUGCCGCCUGCUGGAGCGCUGGUCGGCGCCCUCCGCCCCCGCCGCGCCCGUCGCCCCCGCGCCCGUCGCCCCCGCGCCCGCCGACGACCUGCUGCGACCCGGGAGGACGGGCUCACCAGAUUAUAAACGUCGGAGCGUCCACAGUUCGAAUUCGACCAAGUCAUCGUCCAACUUGACGGGAGGAUCUAAUCGUUCGCACGAACAGAACGAAGAAACGCCGCUCGAUAAAGCGCGCGCGCCGCCGCCGCUGUCGUUCGCGCAGCAGGUGGCGCGCUGCGGGCGCGGCCGGCGCGCCGACUGCGAGCGGGCCAUCCCCGAGGACUGCGCGCUGGAGCGGGACUGCCGCCUCAGAAGUUAUGUUGCAAACGAGCGAGACGUCGAACUCCGCGGCUAUGCGUGCGAAAGAGACAGACGACGCGAACAGAGACACGGGGCGGCCAGUCCGCUGUACGCGUCCCCGCCAAGGAGUCCCAGCGAGCCGAGGAGCCCUUCACCUUUACCUGAGUCACAACCCCCCAGCCUAACAAACGUGCAGCCAACGGUGUCCGACACGCACUUCAACAGGGACACCCAUAUGCGAAUCAUACUUGGGCGUGGACGAGAUAAACCGGCAGCUGAGCGGCAGGACAGCGAGGUGGUAUUCUCGACGCGGAUCGCGUACAAACGAAUGAUCGGCAGUCUGGGGAGAGCGAGAGGCAGGAUAUUUAAACAAACUAAGAACAAGAGGAAUGGCAUCGUGACAAACCCAGCGAUGCGUCUAGUCGCUAACGUUAGAAACGGGCUUGAUAAUGCAGCGGCAAAUAUCCGUCGUACGGGCGUCGCGUUGGCCGCCAGCGCCAGCUCGGCCAACCCAGCCGUCAAAACCAACGCGUUCCAGUGGAGGAAAGAGACGCCGUUAUAAAUACACUGCGAAGACAGGGACGGUAGACAUUGCAAUACAUGUCUGUGUUUCUACAUUGUUUUCAUAUUGAUAUUUGCUAAAAGCAACACCAGCGAGAUGUGGCUUAUAUAAUCGAGUUGCAUAACGUCUAUAUAGAAUCGAUUUUUUUUUUUUUGUAAUAGAACAAAUCAUAAUUUUGCUAACAAUUCUGCGAUUAAAAUACGUAAAUAUACACUCUAAGGUACAAUUUAUAUAACCGUAUAACACAGGAUCGAUUAUAUUUUUUAAUAUGAGUCAUUAAUUAUUAUUAAAUUCAUGAUUAUGUUAACGUUUCUACGAUUAAAAUACGUAAUUAUACAUUCAUAGAUGUAGUCGGAAACGACGUCAUAAUCGAGACGAAAUAUCGAAUAGGAAUCGAUUAUUUUUUAAAUAUCGAAUAUCAUUUUGACAGAUUAUAUUACUACUCCGAAGAUCUAAAUCUUCAUUACUCUGUAUUAUUUAAUCUGUGUACUGAUUUUGGAUCCUCAGACCAGGCUGUUGAACAAAAAAAAUAGCUCGAUAAUAUUUUGGUCACAUACGUAUAAAAUAAGCGGGUGAUGAGUUGCUAUGCUUUUUAUGGCAGGCGCUAACAACAAGAAUAUAACGGUUUUAUUUUCGCCGUAUAUAUUCGAUAUACUGCAACGGAAUUUUUAUGUCGAGGCAUUAGACAGAGACAAAAAACGUUUGCUGCAAGGCUCGAUGUGUGUUUUCGGUUCUAAGUUGCAAAGACGUAUCAACAAAUGUAUAUCUAUCUCUGUUUAAAUAAUCAAUCGUCAGUCGCUUUAGAUAAUUUAAAAGCACUCAUCGUUCUCCCUCUCCCUUAUGUGAAUUGAUUAUUUAAGAAAGGAAUAAAUAUAUGUCAUUCUUAUGUUUUUCAAAUUCACAGUUAUUUCAAGUUUUACAAAUCGUAUUUUGUUAGAAUAAUAUGUUAUGCAACAGCGAUUCUAUUGUAGCGUCAGAAAAAUAAUUGGAAGCAUUUAAUCAUUAGAUUUGUUUGAUUGGAAUAUUUUUAAUACAAGACUUCAGCGUUCAAUUAAGCACUAAAAUUGAUAGCGCUGCUGACAGGCGUCAACUGUCGUCAUCCUACCUGUAUGAUCCAUUCCAGAAUUUAGAACUGUAUAUUUGAAUAAUAUAUCUCCUUAUAUAAAAAAAAAAAUGAAUCUCACUCCACGUGAUAUUUUCACGAAAUAACUUCAUUUAGUAAUUAACGUGAUAAAAAAGAACUUAUUUGAAGUGGUGGCUUUCGGUAAAAAAACGGAUCCCAUUCAAAAAAUCAUGGUCACAUUGCUCAGAAUUCCAACCAAAAAUAUUACAAGUUAUGCGAUUGAAUUGCAAAUUCAAUAUAUAAUCCUAACUUGGAAUAAUCCCUUACGUUCAAGUAAACUUAACUCUUAGUUAUUGGAGAAAAUAAGUAUAUUAAUAAUUUCUUACAAGGAGGCUUUAUUCAAUCUCAAUAAACUUAUUUCACCCAUAUCUGGUAACGCAUAAUUAAAAAACUACAAAAAAAUUACAAGGCAUUUAUUGUUUAAUAUGAUUGUAAUUUAAAAAUACUAAAAGAAAGUAACAAUGUAUGUAUUCAAUUAAAAAUAUAACCCCCUAUAUACAAACGGACGCACCUAUACUGUUCAAAUUGCCGGUUGGCGUGGUUGGUAGAUACUUGCCUUUCACGCCGAUGGUUGUGGGUUCGAUUCCCACCCAGGACAGACAUUUGUGUGCAUGAACAUGUCUGUUUGUCCUGAGUCGGUGUAAUUAUCUAUAUAAGUAUGUAUUUACAAAAGAAAAUAGUAUAUCAGUUGUCUGAUUUCCAUAGUACGAGCUCUGCUUAGUUUGGGAUCAGAUGGCCGUCUGUGAAUAAUGUCCCAGGAUAUUAUAUAAUCCAAUCUUAAAUCUGACGUUUACCCGGAGAAAUACUAUGUCUAGAAAUGUCUAGUGCCUACAACUGGCUAAUAGUUAAAUGCCAUUCAGUGGCAUUUAUAAGACUAUAUAAGACUCGACAGUCUCGGCCGAGUUUUACUAUCGUAUAAUUAUUAUACGUAAUUUUAUUAUUUAAUAAAUUAAAGGCGUUUCACCUCAUGUACCUAAAACAAGUAAUUUAAGAGCUAAAUUGCUAAAGAUAUAUUAAAGCACGCCUUAUAAUCCAUUUUAUCGGUAAAGUUGUAUUUUUAGAAUUAUCUAAAAAUUAUAUAAAUUAUAAGUAAUCGUGUAUGAUUUAUUGCAAUUUAAUUUAUACAAUAUUUAAACAAUUUUAAUUUUAGCAAAUAUGUUAUAUAACUCAUUAUGAUAAAUACAUUCUAGCUUAUUGGUGGAUUGACAGAAAGGUCAGAAAAAUAUAAGCGAUUUUUGACAACAAUAAUUAUAAUAUUUAAAGGACACAUGCUUCAAAAUGGCUGUCAAAUUUCUUCCCUAGAGAUUUUUAUCAAAAUUUUGACAUUCAUUUGACAUUUUUGUCAUAAUUUUUGUUUAAAAUUUGUAUAAAUUGAAUCGAAAUAAAUUAUACGAAUUAUACAUCGUUAUACUAUACGUAUAAUUUAGACAUUGUAUAAUAUAUCCUUUAACUAACCUACUACUCGUUCCAGUAAAAUGUAAUCAAUGAAAUAUAUAUUUUAUUAUCAUCGUAUAACCAAAUUGUGACAAAUCAUUUAUUUAAUAAUACUUUAGCAAGUUAAAUAAAUAAUAACAAGCUUUUAUUUAAUCUGUGUACUGAAAUAAAUUAAAUAUAAUUUAGUAUAUAUUACAUAUAGACUUUAUUUGUCACAGG